UUGUCCACUAGAACACAUUUGAGAGUCGUGACUCACUGACUAAACCAUUCUUCACGACCGACACCCAACGCAUUUGGAAUAUAUUACUUCAUAUUUAUUCCAUAUCUAGCUAGCUGAGUUAUAAACAGCGCCACGAUUUAGCUUGAUAGGAUUGACAUGUUACAUUUUAGGUCUUCGGUACUGCUCAAGGAGUUGUUUCAAUCUAACCUGAAGCGCCCUUUGACAGGUAUCGCCAAAAAGACAUCACCAUCAGUCGCGUAUUGCUUUAGCAUCGCCUGUACAGAUGUCAGAUCCGUGACCAAAGUAAAGUGUCUCCAGCAUGCGGUUGGAUGGAGAGCUACGCCAUACACUACCAACGCCCACGGAACUCGGAACCUCUCCACCAAGAGCGACGACGGUUCGGUGCCACCGCCAACGGACACCAAAAAUGACACCUCCACCAGCAAUGAAACCGCCACCAAGGAGGCAGCUGCCGAGAAGAGAAGGAAGGCAGGCAUCCUGCCCAGUCUGGAGGAUUUGCUCUUCUACACCAUUGCCGGGGGCGCUGAAAAAAUCCCGGCUCACAAAUUCACCACAGCGCUGAAAGCCACAGGGCUUCGGACCGGAGACCCUCGGCUGAAGGAAUGUAUGGAGAACCUGAAAGUCAUCAUGAAAACCACGUCGGACGGAAACCUGGACCGACACCUCUUCAAGAAGUGUGUCCAGAGCAACAUCGUGCUGCUCACCCAGGCCUUCAGGAAGAAGUUUGUUAUCCCCGACUUUGUGUCCUUCGCCUCCGAAAUCGACGCGCUCUAUGAGAAUGCCAAAAACCUGGGAGGGGGACAGGUGGCUGACUACAUUCCCCAGCUGGCCAGGUUCAGCCCGGACCUCUGGGCCGUGUCCAUAUGCACUGUGGAUGGACAAAGACACACAGCGGGUGACACCAAAGUCCCGUUCUGCCUGCAGUCGUGUGUAAAGCCGCUGAAGUACGCCAUCGCCGUGCACGACCACGGGACAGAGUAUGUGCACCGUUUCAUUGGCAAAGAGCCCAGCGGCCUGCGCUUCAACAAACUAUUCCUCAACGAGGAAGAUAAACCACAUAACCCUAUGGUUAACGCCGGUGCGAUUGUGUGCACGUCCCUCCUAAAGCAAGGGGCAAGCAAUGCUGAGAAAUUUGAUUAUGUCAUGAACUUCAUGAACAAGCUGGCAGGAAACGAGUAUGUGGGUUUCAGCAAUGCCACAUUCCAGUCAGAGAGGGAGUCUGGAGAUCGUAACUUUGCUAUCGGCUACUACCUUAAGGAGAAGAAGUGCUUUCCAGAGGGGACAGACAUGACCUCCAUUUUAGACCUCUACUUCCAGCUGUGCUCCAUCGAGGUGACCUGUGAAAGCGCUAGCGUCAUGGCGGCCACCCUGGCCAAUGGCGGCUUCUGUCCAAUCACAGGCGAGCGCGUGCUGGGCCCAGAGGCGGUACGGAACACCCUGAGCCUCAUGCACUCCUGUGGCAUGUACGACUUCUCGGGACAGUUCGCUUUCCACGUUGGACUUCCAGCUAAGUCGGGCGUGGCAGGGGGCAUCCUGCUGGUGGUGCCCAACGUCAUGGGUAUCAUGUGCUGGUCCCCUCCACUGGACAAGCUGGGUAACAGUGUACGAGGAAUCCAGUUCUGCACGGAUCUGGUGUCCCUUUGCAACUUCCACAACUACGACAACCUGAAGCACUUUGUCAAGAAGCUGGAUCCUCGCAGGGAGGGCGGAGACCAGAGGGUGAAGUCGGUCAUCAAUCUUCUGUUUGCUGCGUACACUGGCGAUGUGUCUGCACUGAGGAGGUUUGCUCUGUCUUCCAUGGACAUGGAGCAGAGGGACUAUGACUCCAGGACAGCCCUCCAUGUGGCUGCAGCAGAGGGACAUGUGGAGGUGGUCAAGUUCCUGUUGGAGGCAUGCAGGGUCAACCCUGUUCCCAAAGACAGGUGGGGUAACACACCGAUGGAAGAGGCAGUGCACUUUGGACACCACGACGUUGUGACCAUGCUCCAGGACUACAACAACAAGUACAGUCCACCAGGGGGUGCCACUGAGGACAAAGAGAAGGAGAUAUCAGAGAAGAACAUUGAUGGCCUACUAUGAGCCAACUAAUACUCUUAUAUAUAUCCAUAGAAAUAAAAUAACUAGAAUGGACGUUCCCAUUGAAAUUAUAUAUACGUGAUCUGAGCAGCUUGGUCCUUUCCAGUCAUUCUAUUUCUAUGUCCCCAUUAACUAUCCGUGUGUGGUCCCUUUGUCACGUCAGUGGUAGGUCACGUAUACUGUUGAUAAUACUGUAUUGUUGAUUUUGUAUAAAAUAAUUGUAUUUCUAGUAUUUAAAAAAAAAAAGACAAUGUGUUUAAAAAAAAUAUUGACCUUUGACUUUUUCCCAGAUGUUUCUUGGGUUGUUUCCUUUCGCUUCGCUUUAUGUCAUACUGCUCACUGCGCAACUCUCCCUCAGUGUGUCAGCACUAUGUGUCAUGUAUUUUCUACAUUUAAGUGCACAAAACAUUUCUCUUUAUGUACAACAUUGUGUAAAACCUGAACGUAUCCAUAAGAUAACGUGUACAUUUAUGUAACGUGUGUUUAUCCCUGAAAGUAAUAUAUCAGAGGUAGAUGGAUUCAGUGUAAAUACUAUUUAAUCUGAAGUGAUUCUCACUGGCACACCUUUUACCAAUUUCCUUCAAAGUCCACACACUGCAUUAGGCUUAAGUUGGACUAUUUAUGAGGCAGAAUGCGUGAAACUAUUCCACACAUUCACAGAUCUAGGUAGCCUGGUUGCAAAGCUGUUUGGACUGUAUAUGGCACUGGCUAUACAGGCCAGACAGAUCUGGGACCACAGGCUAUCUAUGGUUUAAGACCUCUGGUCUUUUUGAUUUAGGCCUAGUAGCUUCAUAUGAAUUGAAAGUAUGGCAUUAUGUGGAGUGAGUUUAGUUUUGUUGGUUUGCUAUUUGAUAGCUAGACAUUUUUGUACCUUUUUCUCCAAAAUAACAAAAUCAUUGUUUGAUUGUUCUAUAAUCUUAUUUUAUUUAUUUUUUGAGUUGAAAGGGGGUUAUUUGUUUAAAAGUGGCAGCCAAAGCUUUUCUGUACGUUUGCUCCACCUGAAUAGUCUAGUCGGCAACUUUUUAAAAAGCAUAUUAUACGUGGGCCGCCUCAGGAGCAAUAUAAUUCAACCAGCAGCCAUGUGCUCUUUACAGACAGUUCCAACCUAUGCUAAGUCCAAUUUUAGGGAAAAACAUAACUCUUCAAAACACUGAUUUAUCACUUCAUGGAUACAGCAGUGUCAAUAAUAUAUAAUAAUAUAUAAUAAUAUAGUGUCAAUGGUGUUGCUAUUAUGUCUUGUCACACAAGUUUACUUAUUUGACAGAUAUUUGGUUUUACAUGGAUUUUAUCUUCAGUUAUAGACAGUGCAUUACACUUUAAUGAAUGUUUUUAGUUUGGAACAACUCAACGGUGGUCUUUAAAUCUUGCCAUGCUCACCCAAAUGCCUCUUUUGGGUAGAGAUAAAAUAGUUAUCCUUAUGGGCCUAUAUGUAAGCAGAUUCUACACAUAACUAAUGGUUCACUUUUUAUGCAGAUACGCAUAUUGAUUGUUUUAACAGUGUGUAAAAGUGUAAAAUAAACGUAUAAGCGUAUACUUGAAAAGUCAGGUUGUUUUGGUGAGAACUGUGUGUAUAUUUGUUUGUUAUUGACUAUGGGAGGGACAGCGACUACAAAUCUGGUAAUGACAGAGGACAUUGCCAUCAAAAUCUCAAGCCCUACACUAUUGUUCUAAAAGUACCUAAGGUAACUUACUUGUGAUUUGAUGAAUAUAUAUUUAUAUUGAAUAACUCAUCAAGUGUUCAGUGUUGCUUUCAUUGGAUUUGACUUGACUUUGUCUCCCCAGUCCCUGUUGCACAAGAAGCCUCGUACGUAUGAGUGUUUAUUGUUCCCCUGUGUAGGUGCAGGUCAACUUCAACAUUAACUAAUUAUUUUGAAUGUACCACAGGUGUAUACUGAUGUCAUCAGUUUGUUUUCAUUCAAGUAUAUCUGCUUUAGCUGUGUGUUGCAGGCAAUGGAGAUAUAUUUAUUUCAAUGAUCAAACAAUAAAUAAAGAACUUUAAAUAUG